UGGGGACAUAAGGGAAAUCUCUGGACCACCCUCUCAAUUUUGUUGUAAACCUAAAACUGCUCCAAAAAUAUUAAUAAUUUAGAAUAUCUUAAUAAUAGUGUAAACUUAAGGGUAGAAUUGCAUUACUAGAAAUGAAGAGACAUUUCAUAAAAAUAAGUGAUAUAACUGACCAGAAUGGGAUUUCCUGCCCUUCCUUCCUAGGGAGCCAGAGGAACUGGCUGGGCUGGCCUCAAUCUUUCCUCCCUAGGCGGGGGAGAAAGAUGCAAAUCAGGUCCUGCUGGGGACCAUCCAAAAGAAAUUCUGUAAGUGAGUCAGAAGUGAAGGACUUUACCCGGUGGACGCGCACCGCGGGGCACCAGCAGAUCUGCGGUUCACACAGGUCCAGCCCCCUCCCUAUUGUCUGCAGCCCCUCAUCCCUCUCGUACUUGGCAUAAGCUGCGCCGCCCACAGACACGCCUGGAAGCCGGUGCGGGUGGAAUGGUAAGCGCGCCGGGUUGCUGCACAAGUCCACGCAGAGGGCGGCCCGGUCGGGUGCUCAGGACUUGGGAGCAGCUGCCUGCAAGGGCCGUGUUCCCAACGCGCCGUUAGAAAGGCGAAGCCAAGGGCGCCCCACGUGCGGAGCCCUGAAGGCGCCCUUCCCGCGCAGCUGGGAGUAGGACGGCUCGGGCUGCACCUGCUGGACGCGCGCGUCCCGGGCGCGGCACGGAGAUUCCGCGAGCAGCGAGCGGAGCAGGGCAAGCGGGUUGUUGUUUGAAUCCGUGAACGUGUGGGAUCCAUGGUGAUUAGGGAUUCAGUAACCUUCACAGACGUGGCCGUGAACUUCACCAGGGAGGAGUGGGCCCUGCUGGACCCCGAGCAGAGGAAUCUCUACAGAGACGUGAUGCUGGAGAACUGCAGGAACCUGGCCUCCAUAGAUUGGGAGACUCAAGAUGAAACCAAAGACUCCACCCCUCAGCAGGAUGUUCUCACUAAAAAAACACUUUAUGAAGCAAACAGAGCGUGUCUCAUGAGCAACAGUUCCUGGCCCUCCACAUUGGGGGAAGACCAGAAAUGCCACAAAAUAGAGGAGAAGCCCAAGCAAAGGGGGCAAAAAUGGAAUCAAGUUGCAGUUGCCCAUGAGAAACGAGAGUCUCUGGUUGGAAACUGUGAAUAUCAUGAAAUGAGGGACAACUCUAAACCUAGCUCAAAGCUUGAGCCUUCACAGGGAGAUUAUACAAGAAAAUAUAUCCAAAUAUGUGACUCAAAUGUUUUGAAACAAAAUCCUGUCUUAACUAAAAGGAAAAUCUACAAAGACAACAUAAAUGAUAGAGCCUUGUGGCAGAGCAUUGAGUGGAUUCCAUGUAGAAGUCAAACAGAGCCAAAAUCAAAGACAAUGUGGAUUGACAAUCCAAAUGAUGUGCUUUGUAUACGUAAUGAAAUGUACAUGGGGGCAAACAUUCAGGAAUGGGAUCCACUGGGAAAAGCCUUCAGUGAAGACAUUUCCCUUACGGCAUAUAAGACUCGUGUUAAAGAGAAAACUCAAGAGUCUAAUUGGUGUGAAAUCACCUUAGGAAAUAGCUUGAUCUAUCCUGUGCAGAUGCAGUCCUAUGCAGCAAAAGCAAAUAAUGAGAAUACUCAAAGUGAGACAGCCUUUGCCCGCAUUUCAAAUUCUAUUUCACACAAGAGAACUAGGAUGGGCAGGAAAAGCUAUCAAUGUCACAAUUGUAGGAAAACUUUUGUUUACCAGUCAUUCCUCAUGAGACACAUGGAAAUUCACACUGGAGAGAAACCCUAUGAAUGCGAGAAAUGUGGGAAAGCCUUUAGAUAUUACUUACAUCUUCGUAAACACUUCAGAAAUCACUUUGCAGAGAAGUCCAAUGAAUGUAAGGAAUGUGGGAAAGCCUUCAGUAAGUCCUCAAAACUUACUGAACAUACAAGGGUUCACACUGGAGAGAAACCCUAUAAAUGCAAAUGUGGGAAAGCCUACACUAAUUCUUCAGGACUUAAAUAUCAUCUAAAGACUCAUCAUUGAAGCCCUGUGCAUGAAUGGAAUGUGGGAAAAGCUUCAUUAAUGUUCUCAAAAUGCUGACUGUGAGAAGGGCAUGUUGAAAAGGAGCUCAAUGAGACAAUGUGUAUAGGAAGGUUUUUCUGAAUUUUUGUAUUUUACAGAAAUGUGAGAGUCCACACAUUUCACAUUCAAAGAAAUCCUGUGAAGUUAAGGCUAUGGAAAGCUUUUGAUCUUCAUCACCUUUAAUAGACAAUUGUCCUCACACUGGAGAGAAAGCCUAUAAACAAGGAAUGUGGAAAAACCUUUGUUGUCUCAAUAUAGAGCCUAAGAACCCACACUGCAGAGACAACUUACCAGAGUAAGGAAUGUGGGAAAGACCCCUUUAGACAUUCACCCCUUAGUUACACAUGAGACCACACUCUGGAGCAGAGACUAUGAUUGGAAUAGAUAUGAGGAAGCCUUCAACCCAGUUCUUCACUUACAGGGCAAAAUGAGUACACAGUAGAUAGGAAACGUGGUAAAUGUUAUGAUUGCCGCUGUGAUCAUUGUCUCAUCCUCUAUUUGGAACCAAAAUUCAUUAUUUCCAAGUUUUUCUUUUCUAAUAAAGUCCUAUAGGAUGAUGUGUAUCCUCUGUACCCUUUCAGCUGUGCCAUAUGCAUUUGAUAGGUAGUAGCUUCAUUACAGUUCACUUACAUAUAUAGGGUCUUGCCAAUGUGAAGCCCUGUCUGAGCUAUCUUUAAUUAAGAUUCAGGAUUAGUAUUUUUUUUGUCUGAUUGUUAUUGGUCAUGAUUUGACUGCAUUAGGGUCAGCGUAUGUGGUCUUUGUGACACUGAUAUAGGGUACUUGUUCUGACUUUAAAUUUCCGUGUGUCAAUUACCCAGCUGUACCUAGUCUUCUAUCAUCUUUUUUUUUUUUGUAUCAUUAAUAUAUAAUCAUAUGAGCAACAUUGUGGUUACUAGAUUCUCCCCAUUAUCAAGUCCCCACCACAUACCCCAUUAUAGUCACUGUCCAACAGCGUAGUAAGAUGCUAUAGACUGACUACUUGUCUUCUCUGUGCUAUACUGCCUUCCCUGUGCCCCCCCUACAUUAUGUGUGCUAAUCAUAAUGACCCUUAUUCCCCUUCCCCCUUCCCACCCAUCCUCCCCAGUCCUAUUCCCUUUGGUAACUGUUAGUCCAUUCUUGGGUUCUGUGAGUCUGAUGCUGCUUUGUUCCUUCAGUUUUUGCUUUGUUUUUAUGCUCCACAGAUUAGAGAAAUCAUUUGAUACUUGUCUUUCUCUGCCUGGCUUAUUUCACUGAGCAUGAUACCCUCUAGCUCCGUCCAUGCUGUUGUAAAUGGUAGGAUUUGUUUUCUUCUCAUGGCUGAAUAAUACUCCAUUGUAUAUAUGUACCACAUCUUCUUUAUCCAUUCAUCUACUGAUGGACACUUAGGUUGCUUCCAUAUCUUGGCUAUUAUAAAUACUAGUGCAAUAAACAGAGGUGCAUAUGUCUUUUUGAAUCUGAGAACUUGUUUUCUUUGGGUAAAUUCCUAGGAAUGGAAUUCCUGGGUCAAAUGGUAUUUCUAUUUUUAGUUUUUUGAGAAACCUCCAUACUGCUUUCCACAAUGGUUGAACUAUUUUACAU